UUUUUACAUUUUCCGUCUAUUAUUAAUAUCGCAACACUCCUCCCGCUGACUCUCUUCCCCCUACAGUCUGACAAUUUCUCUCCCCGCAGAGACACAUUGCCCCAUAAAGCAAUAGCCAAAGCCGAUUCAAAUCAAAGCCUAAGCUUAAAACUCACCUCAUUUCCGUUUCCAACGCCGUAUAAAACAACCACAACAUCACUAUUUUCUUCAUCUCCGUCAUGGCUUCCCCUUCUAACACCACCACCACCACCAUGCACCACCCUACUGACCCAGUCUCAACCAACACCACCUUCGUCCAAGCCGACCCUUCCACGUUCCGCACCAUUGUUCAACAGCUCACAGGCGCCUCCGACGACCCUUCCUCCCCAAAGCUCCCUCUCACCCACCCAGCUCGCCCAGCUGCUGCAUCCGACAUAGGCCCCAAGAAACCUGUUUUCAAGCUCCACGAACGUAGACGAGCUAUGAAGAAGCUCGAAAUCAAGCUGAACAACAACAACAUUGGCAAAAACGAAUACCCUUCGGAUUUCUUCUUUGUUAGAAAAAGAGGGUCGUUCUUAGUUUCACCCGUUUCAACACUGGACUUCUGGUCCCGUGGGGGAAGUGAGAGUACAAGGUCCCUAGUUGAAGAAGAAGAAGAGAAAGCCAUUGCUGAGAAAGGUUUUUAUUUGCAUCCGAGUCCUUUGAAUACGCCUAGAGCAGGAGCUGAGCCUGAGCUGUUGCCUUUGUUUCCUUUACAUACUCCUAAGGAAAGUAGUGAGCAUGAUUAUGAUGCUACUUCUUCUUCCAAAUGAUUUGUUUAUUUUCAUUAAUUUAGAAAUAUUUUACAUUUUAAAGCAGCUAAUAGAAAAAUUUAGAAAUGCCUGCUGCUGCUUCAUGUUUCUUUGGGAUAUGAAUAUUUGUAAAUUAAUAUUAUUAGGAUUAAGAUUCUUCCAUUCCAUUACUUGAUAUUUAUCCGAAAGAAGUAAAAAAUUAUC